ACGGUUAACACGUCGGAACCGGAUGAAUGCGUGUUUAUGAUUUUUAUUUUGUAAAUGGAAUAAAUUCUUCUGUGUGUGUUGUUUGUGUAUGGUGGAAUACGUCUCGUAUGAGAAGGUGUGGAAUGUAUUAAAAAGAAUAUUAUUAAAUAUUAAAAAAAUGAAUUAAUGAUAUUAGAAUCAACACACUCACACAAUUGAUUCCUUUUUUUUUAAAGAAAAAAUAAAAAUAACACGAAAGUAAUCAAACGAAUUGCGAAUGAAAAUAACGUUGAAUCAAGGGCUCCUAGAGACGGAAACGUCGUGUAAACGCGCUGUGUGUGUGUCUGAGCAUGUAUGCGAUUGUGAGCGAAACAUAAACACGAGUAACACAAAUAAAGAAAAUGAGUUAUUAACGAAACAAAAACAACAUUUCUAAGCCUCGUGCAAAGCGAAAACAAAGUCGGUAAAAAAGAAAGAAAUAAUUGAAUUGCCAAUAAUUUUCCUCCAAAAAUUUGCAAAACAUUUCGACAAAGCAGAAAACGUGAAUUCUGAAAGAAGUAAGAAGAGAUAAAAGCAAAACAAAGGCAAAUAGUGAAGGUGUCUGCGUGUGCUUGUGAAUUUGUAACAAAUAAUCUGAAAUGUGUCAAAUAAAAAUCUAAAGAAAUACAUAGGUGUUGUUUGUCAAUUUCAUUGACAUCGUAGUGUGAAAUAUUAAAGCUGUCAAAAAACCAAAACAUAUCUAUCAACAAACCAAACAACAGGAACCAGAAACCAUAACAAAACAAGGAAAUGGCACAACAGUGAGGCAUCAUCAAAAAGAAAUAAAGAAACUAAGCAAGAUAAUUUACUCAGCUGUACUGAAUCUAUGAAAAUUACAUUGAACACCUUCACAACGAAACACAAUUCAAAGAAAAGUAAUCAUAGCAAAACAUAUCGAAGAGCAAAUCAAAUCAUUUUCAAAAAUAAAAUUAAAACAAAAAAAUCUAUUCCUUUGAACCUGUAAACAUAUCCGCAAGCAAAACAAAAAUAACAAAAACGAAAACGAAAAAACAGAAUAUAAAUCAUCAAAGAGCAAACGUAAAAAAUAACAAGGAAUUUUUUCUCGCCAAAUCGAUUCGAGCUGUCAAAAAAUUAUUAUCGCAAACACGAAUCACAUAUCAAAUUCAUUAAAAUAGAUAAGAUUUUUAUGAAAUUGCUUUUGGGCUAAUUAAUGCAUGGUAUUUUUAACCAGAAACAAAAAAUACCAGAAAACAUCAAAGCCAGGCAGCUAGCAGGCAAGCAAACAGUGAAUUUAAAGAGGAGCAAAACCAAAAAAAGAGAAAUAAAGAAAACAAAAUUAACCAAACAAAUUAUGCAAAUAUAAACAUACAUACAAAUUAUCAUUUUCAAAUGCCAAUUAAUUCAUUAAUUUGAAGAAGACCAGACCACGACGAUGAAACAGAAUCUUCAAUAAAUCUACAGCUGGCUAAAAUCUCCAAUAGGUCAAAAUAACAACAACGGGCAUUAUAGCAACAAUUGCUUUUGGUAUUCUUCUGCUUGUUUUCGUUUCGGAGGGCGUCCGCCCAGUUUAGUAGUUGUUGUUGUUUUUUCGGUCCAGACAAUUAUGCUCGCUCAUCUGUAAAACGGUCGUCCGUACAAAUUUUUAAGCCAUUUACAAAUUGUACUUAAAUGUAAAUGAGUUUUUGUGUUGCGAAUAAAAUGACGUUGAUGAAUAAAUACACUUUAUGCUAAAUGUUGAAAAGCGCGCGCGUCUUCGUCUCCUAUCUAAAUAAUCUCGAUGACGGGAGCCCAACCAACUAGCAAAACGACCGACCGACCGACCAACCAUCCGUUAACAAAGUUCUAAACGUUUGUUGUGUUGAAUACUCGGGAAUUAAUGUAAAUUGUUAAGUUUUAAAUCUAAUCUGUUCUGGUGAAUAUUGCCGCUACAGUGUCGAAGUGUAUGUAUGUAUAUAUGUAGCUCGGUGUGAGUGCAUUUAUCGUGAGCCUUCAUCUUUUUGUUUUAUGCCAACGCCGGGCAUUAGAAGUGUGCGCAAACUAAAUAUCAAAACGACAAAAUACCCAGAAAUAAAACGAAAGCCAGUGAAAUCUCCCCAACAAGGAUUGCUGUUUAGCCCAAUGGACAAUCAUUCACGCAAUUUGUGAGAUUUACUACGUUACGAAAAAAAGUGACAGUUAUGUUGUUGUUAUUCACUCACUUUUCACUAAGUGUCUCACUGUGAUAUAAAAUACAAAUAAAGAAACAAAAAAUAAGCACAGCCGUCCUUAAACAGAAACAACAACCUGACCCACCAUCUCAAGCUGCAGCGAAAUUCGCCAAGACCAAGACUCGGGCCCUUAACGCUAAUAGAGUGAUUUACAAAAAAGUUUUUGCUGGCUUCUUUUUCCAUUUUAUUUGUAUUCUCCGUUUGUUGGUACUACAACUCUACCACGCUCCUGUGUGAAAUUUGUGUUGCAGUGCUAUCAGAGACAACCACAACAAAUAUUGACAAAUACAGGAUACAAUUGUGAAUUGUUUUAGUAAAUUGAAUGAUCAUUGCGGCUGGUUGUAUGGGUGGAAGGAAAGCUCUAGGGGAGAGCGGUAGAGAGAGAGCGAGAGAACAGAAAUACAACGACAUCAUCAGACACAAAUAAUAUCAACAACGGAAAACUAAACAUAAAUUAAAAUCCAAUCGCUGUGUAUAUAUGUAUGUGAGUUUAUACCAUAAACAAAUAACAGGAAAAAAUAAUAAAAUUUGACUAAAAUAGCCAAAUUUAUAUGUUGACAAAACAAUAUACAAUUUCCUACACUUCCGUUGCCCAGACCACAACAGGCCACAACAUAACUCCAUACAAAUUGCCAGCCAUUCGAAAGCAUGGCAAGUUAUUGUCAAACCUAAGCAGUCGUUCGAUUUAGCUGAAGGUUAAAACGAAAAUCCGCCAUGAAUCAAAACGUCAAAACAUGCCAUAAGAAAAACCUGAAACAUGCCAUCAAAAUGAAAUGAUUUUCCUGGAAUGUCACAUACAUCGGAUAUAGGAAACAAAAAAUAACAUAACUAUCUCGCUGACUGGCUGGCUGGCAAUCUGUCUGUCUACACAGUCGAACGUGAAACCUCUGAAGAAAGCUAACAGUGUACAUACAUUGAACAAAUAUCAAUCCGCCAAGGACGACGACUAGAAAGUAAUAGAAAAAAUAAGCAUUUGUAAAAAAAAACAAAUUCAGUUACUCUGGAGUAUAAAGAGGUGUGUUGAAAAGGGAUACCAAUUUGAGCAAGAAAUGCUCAAACAGCCACUGGCGGUUCUCAACACUGGCGGAAACGGAAACUAACCCAGAAAACGGGAGGAUAUACCAAGCAAAUAACACAUGUGCUGGAUGCAUGCAUGCAUACUUUAGCAUUCAAUGCUGUACAUGAAAUCACAUAUGAGAAUUAUUGUUGAUUCCCUACCAAAGCAGCAACAGCAGCAGCAGCAGAAAAAGUAAAAACCAACUCCCGAGAUAGACAAGGGAAUAGCUUCAAACAAUAGCCAACAAGGCAAAAGAACUGAACACAAAACGAACAAAAAAGAAAAAAAAAAAAACAAAAAAUUGCAACAACGAUGACAGAGGAAUUUAUGAAAACAUUUAGCAUUUAAUAAAUUUCUAGCUCCAACAGGAAGACGUGGAGAAACAAAAGCAACAAAAAAACAUCUCCACACAACUCUCCAAAUAUAUAUAAAUCCUAUAUCAUAAGCCUUUUUUCUAAGGGGAUUCACAUACACACAUCUGGUAAUUCACAUGUGUAUGUAUUUGUAUGACAGUUGUAUACGAAUGUGUAAGUUUGCACAAUAAUACAAUAGCAACAAAUAAUAACAAUCAAAUUAAAAAUGAUUCCUGCGGUUAUUAUUUCCUGUUCCUGUUAUACUGCAGUCGCUGAGGCAGAGGCAGCUGUAACGGCUACAACCAUAGAUAAGCUAACAGUACCCACAAAACCAAUGAUCAAAGAUUGUACAAAAUGUACUGCCUGCCAUCAGCAACAACAACAACAGAAACAUCAUUGUCACCAUCAUCAUCAACGCCAUCAUCACCAUCUCCAUCAGAAGGAAUCACAACACUGCCAACAACAAGAACAAACUUCCCUACUAUAUAAUACAAGUGACCACCAUCAGCACCACCACCACGACAGCCAUCACCAUCAGUCCUAUUAUUAUCAACAGCAAAAUCAUGUAAAUAUUACUACUGCCAACCAACAACAACAACAACAGCAGCAACAACGGCAACAACAAUGUCGUCGACAGCGUCCCAGCGGGACAUGGCACAAACGUUCGCAUUACGAUCUAACAACCUACUAUCUGUGGUGGCUAUUUGGCAUUUGUUUAAUAUUCUCAACGAAUGGUGGUCGCAAUUUAAAUAUCGGAAAUCUCGUUAUGAAAACAUCAUCAUCGUCAUCAUCAUCAGCAGCAUCAUCGAUAUGGUCGCAAUCAACGGCAACAUCAUUUCAAUCCUCUUCACCAUCAUCCUCCAUAUUAGCUGCAGCCUCAUAUUUGGAACCGGAUGAACUAAUUCAUGAAUUAGAUAGGCCUGUACCACUUACAUCCGUUCAGGGUGUAUUGGGACGUCAGGCUAUGCUACCGUGUGAUAUAACGCCAAUGGAACGUGACGAUGCUGUUUAUAUGGUACUGUGGUUUCGUGAAGGCGAUGGUGAACCUAUUUACAAUUUCGAUGUUCGAGGGAGACAAUUCGGCCAGGCUCGCCUAUGGUCUUCACCAUCGGCCUUUGGUACACGAGCCUAUUUCAGCAGCACUUCCCAUCCGGCCCAACUGAAAAUCGAUAGUGUACGUCUCGAGGAUGAAGGCGUGUAUCGGUGUAGAGUUGAUUUUCGUAAUUCACCAACACGCAACCUUAAAAUUAAUCUCACUGUAAUUGUGCCACCGGAGAAGCCAGCCAUUUACAAACCCAUACGCCAUGAAAAGGUCAGCAAUGUGGAAUCGUUUAAUGAAGGCAAUGAUAUUGUGCUGAUAUGUGAAGUGUCUGGUGGACGUCCACUGCCCAAUGUUACAUGGUAUUUGGAUAAUACGGUGAUUGAUGAAUCGUUUGAACAUCGUCCGGACGGUAAGACUGUUAACCACUUGUCAUAUCCAAAUGUUGGACGACAACAUCUGAAUGCGAGAUUAGUUUGUGUGGCCAGCAAUACGAAUUUAACUCCACCGAACAACAAAGUGGUCAUACUGGAUGUCAACUUGAAACCAAUUGCCGUUCACAUAAUGACAAAAGACCGAUUUGUUUCGGCCGAUCGCACAUAUGACAUCGAAUGCAAGUCAUCCGGUUCAAAACCACAAGCCGUCAUUACAUGGUGGAAGGGUAAUAAACAAUUAAAAAAGCUAACAAAAAACUUUAAUGAACCCGACAAUCAAUCCUUAAGUAUAUUAACAUUCACGCCUACCCGAGAAGACGAUGGCAAAUAUUUAACAUGUCGAGCGGAAAAUCAAUUUAUUGAGGGCAGUGCCAUUGAGGAUAAAUGGCGUCUGGUUGUACACUAUCAACCCACAGCUCAUUUGAAAAUGGGAUCAUCACUUAAUCCUGAUGACAUUAAAGAGGGAGACGAUGUCUAUUUUGAAUGUGUCAUUCAGUCGAAUCCAAAGCCCUAUAAAAUGUCAUGGUUUCAUAAUGGCAAAGAAUUACAUCACAAUGUAUCAGCUGGCGUUAUCCUAUCAGAUCAAUCACUUGUCCUGCAAAGCGUUUCGCGUGCAUCUGCCGGUGAUUACACUUGUCUGGCUGUGAAUUCUGAAGGCAAAGGCACCAGUAAUCCGGUGACAUUACGUAUCCGAUAUGCACCCAUUUGUGCCACAGAUCACGAUGAACUGUUGGGUGCCCUGAAGCAUGAGACGUUGGCGUUAAAAUGUGAAGUGGAUGCAUCACCGCCUGCGGAUUCAUUUCAUUGGACAUUUAACUCAUCCGGCGAACAAACCGAAUUACCAGCACGAUUGCAUUCAAGUGAAACUGGCAUGUCACGUUUGAACUAUACACCCACAACGGAUUUGGAUUAUGGUACAAUAUCAUGUUGGGCCCGAAAUUCCAUUGGUGUACAAAAAUCUCCAUGUGUUUUUCAAGUGGUAGCAGCGGGUCGUCCAUUUCCAUUACAAAACUGUUCGAUAACCAACCAAUCAGCAGAUUCUAUACAAGUGGAUUGUAUUGAGGGUUUUGAUGGUGGUCUACCACAAAGUUUCAUGUUGGAGUUGGUGGAAUUAAACAAUUUGCGUUUGGCACGAAACAUAACAUUGCAGCACACAACAAGUCCAGUUACAUUUUUUAUUGAUAACUUGGAUCCCUUGGCCACAUAUCGUAUGAUCAUCUUUGCUGUCAACGCCAAAGGACGUUCAGAGCCAAUUAUAAUUGAUGAUAUUAAUUUUAAGGGUGUUGCUAAAUAUACAGGUGCUUCCAAUGGCUUAACCGUACCUUUGUCGCCUUUCCUAGCUGGCCUUACAUUAUUCUGUGCUUUACUUUUUGCCAUUUCAUGCAUUAUAUUGGCAGCAAUAUAUCGCAGAUUUUCCAAUCGACAAAAUGACAACAAUUUAAAACCCACAAAACACACACAACUAUCAAUACCCGCCGAUUGUCAACUGGAUCCGUUACAGCCGAAUCAUCAUCAUAAUCAUUACGAACAGAACAAUCAUCAGGCCCAUCACAGUCUAUUGCAAUCGAAUGGCGAUGGCAAACUUCAAGCUGUUGUCGGCAGCGGAGGCGGUGGUGGCGGCAGCAUAGGAGGUGGUGUUGGUGGCGGCGGCGGUGCUUCAUCGCCAUCAGCUCUGAGUAUGGGUGGUGGAGGAGGCGGAGGUGUUUUAGGUGGCAUUAUGGAUUCAUCGGCAUUAAGGUCAACUACCCAUCACCAUCAUCAUCAUCGGCAGUCACCGCAAAUGAUGGGCGAUCCGCCCGAAGGCGAUGACACAGAUCCAGAUGUUAUACCAAAUCAAUAUGAAAAACGUCCACUGAAGUCAAUGAUGGCUUCACCUAUAUUCCGUAGCCCAUCAGCGAGAUUGCUGCAACGUGAUUAUUGCACGCCAGAUGCCACAGAUGGCACGGCCACCCUUGGCGGUAGUGGGAGUGUGAUUGGCAUUACGAAUGGUUCGGCAUUAAGUAGCGCCGAUGGUGUAUCCAGUUUAGGUUCAUUAAAAAGUAAUAAUGGCAGCCUUGGCAUUGGCAAUGAGGUGCUGCACUACACAUUUAGGCCGAGCAAACAAAUUAGUUAUGCCACACUCAACAAAAAAGGUAUUACCACAUGCAGUCCACCAUUGGGUGUGGGUCUGCCCUUUAGUAGUACAACUACAACAUCAUCAUCGCUAUCAUCCUAUCAUCCCACCACUCAGCCAAUGGAAGUAAGUCUGCUAAGUCCAAAUAAUCCAUCGGUAACAUCAUCCAUCAGUGAAUACCGGUUUCGACCGGAAGUGGUUACCACCUCAAAUCGCAUCCAGGAAAGUUGUAUAUAAAUAAGAACACAUUUCUACGCACACAUGUAUGUAGUACAUUAAAUGUAUAAUCAUCUAAUCGAAGGUGCUGCGCUUGUCAACCAACAAACAACCUUCCUGCCUGACUGCCGUCUAACCAACUAAACCAGAACAAACAACCUACCAAAACAAGAAAAAAAAAACGAAACAAAACAAACUAAAUAAAUAAAAUAAAGUGGAAGAACGAAAACCAACUUAAAGGCCAUAAUUGUCUAACACAACUAUAAUUUGAUGUUUGUUUAUUUACUUGUAUGUGUGUACAGCUACUGUAAAUGUUUAUGUAUGUAAAUGUUAUAUGUAUAUCUGGUAUAUAAAUUUCUAAUAAUUUUCUCUAUUUAUUUGUAUAUAAUGUUGAACUUUCUAUUGUUGCUGCUCUUUAUAUGUAAAUUUGAGGAGGGGAGGGUCAAUUCUGUGACGACUUUAUUAUAUUAAAACAUCGUUCUUGAUUUAACAUUUUAAGUUGUGAUGGCUUCAGCUCACCCCUCCUAACGCUGUUGAAAUGUGUAUGAGUAUCAAACUUGUUAUUGCUUUUAAAUUUCAAGUUCAAAAAAGAAGUGAUCGAAUAGUCUGUUGAGGUAAAUACUUUGAUUAGUUCUUAAGCAAAAGGUGUUAGGCUGAAAUUAACAAAUUCCAAAAGACUUUUUAUAGAAAAAUAAUAAUAGUAAGAAAAGAAAAACGCAAUCGAAAUAUUCAUAAGAAGGAGUUAUAGGGAAAUUUAAAAAAUAUAUUUUUUUUCCUUAUUUUUUUCUGAGUUAAAAGUAAAAUAAUUUAUUCAUUUACAAGAAAAUCUCUGUUCUAAAUUAUUGUCAGAACAUACUCACGCACAUAUAUGUCAUAAUAAUUUACAUACGGUAUAAACUCUACCAUAUAUCAUUUUACGAAUACAUAUCUACUACCCAAAUAUAGUUUAUUCCUCAUCCAAUCACUGUAUAUUAUUGCAUUGUGUUUGCCUCAUAUUCAGGACAGCUGUUUUACGAUUUUUUCAAGGAAAAGUUCGUCCCUCUACGGAACUUUUUUACAAAUGGUUGCCUUAAGGUUUGAUGAAAUUGUUCACGUAGUUUUCUAUUUCUAUAUCGUAUGUCCUCAAGAGAAGACCAAUAUUUUGUAUGAACAUAAGUCGGAAAGCUUCAGACGGUGUUGUACCCCACAUUCCCAUUUUUAUUCAGUAGAAAUAUUACAACUUGCAAACAUUGAAGAGAUGUGGGGUAUAAUUUCUCAUUUUAUGCGAAAGAGGUAUCAGAUCCAGUUUACAGACAAAUAUCAUCUUUACGCCAGAUCUUAUGUUGUCCAGAUGGGAAUUGAGUGACAAAUACGAAAAGAAGUGGGUCACUUUUGUCCAUAUUUGUUCUGUCGGAUAUUAAUAGUACUGUGAACCAAAUUUGUACUAUAACUUUUCUAUGAUUAAAUAAUUUAUGAUUUAAUGGAAGAUUUCAAGAGAAACGUGGGAGGUACUAGAAGUACUGGGCAAAUAUUCUGUAUUUUCUCAUCAGAUCUGAUUCUUAAUUAAGUAUCACGAAUUGAUAAUUUUGAACUAUAUAGUGCACUCUUUUUUCUUAAGAUGAUUUUUUAUUAAUUUUUUUAUCAAUAUUGAAAUGUAUCCAGGUUGGGCCUAAUUGAAUACUCCUUCGAGACAGAUAUGACUAGAUCGAAUACAGAAGUCUUACAACGGAGAUUAGGAACAUUUUGGCAGCAUCAAAUUAUAUAUGACUUUUUGGGGUUAGAGUCGUACUUUUUGUGAAUCUGUGCCAAAGUACCACAAACAAUCAUUGUAUGUGGCUAUUGUCAAAGACAAACAACUUCUAACCAAAAUUUUAACUAUGGAUAAGUUAUUGUAAAAUAAAUUAUCCAGAUUUUGUAUUACAAUUUAAGUCGCACAAUUCUUAAGGGGUUAAUUACGUAUGAUUUUGUUUGGAAAGUUUCACCAUCUAUGGGAUCAGAUAAAGGGGAAUAUGAACCGAUAUUACCCAACUUGAAGCUUCUUUUGGGUUACAGUCUGGUUUAGGCAAGAGUGCUCUCUCUUUCUCUCUCUCUCUCUAUCUCUCUCUCAUUAUACAUAUGAAACCGUAAGACUCUCAGCCUUACGCUGGUUUCAAGAGUAGUCGUGCCCAAUAGCAUGACAAGACAGGCAGACUCACAAUUUCCUAUAACUCUUUAUAAACUAAAGCUGACAUAAAGUCUAAACCCUUUAUUUCGAUGACGCACAUGCCAAUUCAUUGCUAUCGGUUCAAUUUAUAAUCAUUAAUGGAUUAUUUCAGUAUUCUCCUUAAAUCAGAAACGAAUUAUCUAUUGUGUAAUUUUUAUACCCUCCACCAUACUAUGGAGGGUAUAUUAACUUUGUCAUUCCGAUUGUAACUCCUCGAAAUACUCAUAUCAGACCCAACAAAGUAUAUAUAUUCUUGAUCAGCGUAAAAUUCAAAGUCGAUUUAGCGAUGUCCGUCUGUCUGUCUGUCUGUCUGUUAUAUUCACGCUAUCUUUCGAAUGAAUUGAGAUAGAUGGCUAAAAUUUUUCACACAUGUUUAUUUUUCCAGUAGGCAGGAUAAGUUCGUAAAUGGGCCAUGUAGGUCCACGUUUUCAUAUAGCCCCCAUAUAACGGUACCUCCCUAUUUGAUGAUUUUAGCGACAUUAUUCACGGGAAUUGUUUCAAAUUUGGCAUUUGAAGUUCAAAAUGGAUACUACAACAUAAGACGGAAAAUUUUCUGUGCAGGUCCACGUCUUCGUAUAGCCCCCAUAUAACGGUACCUCCAUAUAUUCGGUAUUUUGAUGAUUUUAGCGACAUAAUUCACGGGAAUUGUUUCAAAUUUGGUAUUUGAAGUUCAAAAUGGAUACUACACCCUAAGACAGAAAUUUUUCUGUGCAGGUCCACGUCUUCAUAUAGCCCCCAUAUAACGGUACCUCCCUAUAUUCGGUAUUUUGAUGUUUUUAGCGACAUUAUUCACGGGAAUUGUUUCAAAUUUGGUAUUUGAAGUUCGUUAUGGGAACUACAGUCUGUGACAGAAAAUUGUCUGUGCGGGUCCAGGUCUUCGUAUAGGCCCCAUAUAUCAGUACCUCCCUAUAUUCGGUAUUUUGACGAUUUUAGGUACAAUACCCACCGAAAUUGUUUGAGAUGUGGUAUUUGAAGUUCGUAAUGGAUGCUACAGCCUGUUACAAAAAAUUGUCUAUGCUGGUCCAGGUGUUCGCACAGCUCCGAUAUAACGGCACCUCCUUAUAUACGGUAUUUUGAUGCUUUUAGCUACAUUAUUCACUGGUUAUUUCAAGUUUCGAAUUUGAAUAUGGUAAUGGUUUAUGACAAACAAUGCCUAUGUAUGUCCACGUCCUAUAGACCCCUAUAACGGCUAUAUUCGGUAUUUUUAAAAUUUUAAAAGAAUUUUUAAGGAUUUUAUUUUUUAAAAAUUUCCAAAUUCGUUGCAAAUGGUGGAGGGUAUUAAAAGUUCCGCCCGGCCGAACUUACUGCUUUUUAACUUGUUUUUUCUUAAACAUGUUCUCAGGAUGAAAGGGUAAUUUAUUUAAAUAAAAGUAAUAACAUCUGUUCUUAGUUCUUGUGUGUUUCAUUUUGUAGGAAAAAUUUGUCCACGAAAUAUGACAUACGAAACUGUCUGAGUAAAUUCUCAACAUAUUUCCGAUAGAAGAGACCAACAUUGUCCUUCUAUAGAGAAUAAUUUGACUAUAUGGUUUGUAGAGAUGUUCAGAAAGAGUCCCAAACAUUUUGAGCGCGAUUUCCCUCAAAGUUCUCCGUUAUGUUUCGUUAUACCGAUAUAUAAGGCUUCUCUACAUAACUGACAAAAGUAAAAAUAAUUUCUUUUCUCAAUAGACCCUGAAAAUGUUCUCAUGCGACUAUAUCGAGAAAAUUUCUCCAUUUUACAGCAGUAUCUUUAGUUUCUUCAAAUUCAAACACUUUAAUAUUACUUUAUAUAUUUCUUGAAAUUUCCUUACAUUUUUUUUUGUUAAUUUAUGUCAUUUACAUUGCUUUACAUGUCUGCUUAUUAUUAAUUUUAUUGACAUUUAAUUUAAAAUUUUCUGAUAUCUGGUAACAAACUGACGCAAACACUUACUCAAUCAUAUACGAAUACAAAUAAACAUAUCCUCUCCCAUACCUUGCUCUGUAUAUCGAUUUUAAUAAUAAAGUUUUUAAAUAAAAAAGUGUAUGUUCACACAUACAUACAUACGAAAAAUUAUUUGCAUACACAUAUAUUUGUGUAUAUAAUAUAAUUAACAAUAUGUGCGUGUUUAUGUGUGUUGAUGUCAUUAUAAAACUAUGCAUAACAACAAAAUAGCUCAUUUACGAGAACAAAAAAUGUUCGUGUUUAACAUUUAAUAUAUUUAAAUAUUGCCUUGGUUGUAGCUGCAUUUUGUUUUAGUUUUUUUUUUCUUUUGAAAUUAUUUAGAGAUUAUUUCAAUUAAUUUAAUUUUUUUUUCUCUCUUUUUUUGGUUUUUAUAUAAACAGGAACCUUAUUAUUUUACCACCAAACCUAUGUUACAGGAAUCCCAUUUAUAAUUAUUGUGUACUCAGCAACACCUUUUAUAAAUAAAUUUAUAUUAAAAUAUUAGACCAAAAUUUGUUGACCAUAAUUAUGUUGUGUUAAUUAAAAACAUAAUUAAUUUUAGGUGAAAAUUAGAAUGUCCAUUAUUUACCCAUUGCAAGCUGACAAAGAAAAUGAUGAUAUUAGCACAAAAAAAAAAUGAAAAAUUGUGAAAAUGUCCAAAUGCCAUCUGAACACAGUGGAAUUUCUAUAUAUAUAUAUAUAUAUAUGAAGCCAAUGAAACCGACACAGGCUGGCCGAAUGUUGCGCUUGCUUGAGGUGAUCGACACUUUGGUAUUUUUUAGUAACAACCUUGCUUUUCAAAAUACUCCAGACACAAUAGUCCAACGGAUUGGUAUUUUGGUGGUAUUCGGAGAUUUUGGUGGCCAUUGUGCGCUUGAAAUGAAGCGAGGAAACUCAUUGUUGGAAUGUCCGAGGUCUGCGGCCAAAAUAUUCGCGUGCCCAAGGCCUUCCUUUCUUCCAGAAUAUUUUCGCGAUAAUAUUCGGCAUUUAUUUGAUUAAUAUGAGCGGAGAGCGACCACACCAUCACCUUGACAGGAGCUUGAGUUCUGGUGGCCAACGGAAGGUGCACAUUUUCUGCUGACCUAUUUGGCAAGUAAACACGCUCAUUUUGUUUGCGAUGUAAGCUCUUGCUUUUUUUUUUUUUUUUUUUGAAUUUCAAUGGCUUUACCCCGAACUAAUUUUUCAGUAUUUGCCGCAUGGAAUAUUGCGAUAUGUUCAACUCAUGAGUCAUUUUUCGGCCACUGCGACUUGGGUUUCGAUCAAGUCUCUUCUUUACAUUUCGAACCAUUACUGCUGAUGUUGCUGUUCUCUUCCCUCCACUUCCUUUACAUCGGGCUGUUACGAGACACAAAAGAUUUAUUCACAUUCAAAUGCUGGAGUGCUCUAACAAUAGCCACUUGUGGUUUCCAGCCAAAUGUAAAGAAAUCACACUAUCACGCUUGAAUUCCAUCACGAAUAACUUUUUUCUGGAAAACUCUCACCAAAAACAUUUUGUACGCUUGUAAAGACUAUAAUUAGCUGUCACUGGAACAAUUGUAACAGCUGUCGGACGAGUGGCUUAGAAAUGACAGCACUCUGAAGUUGGUUGCAGUUUUUUAUCUCACCCUGUAUUUCCCGAGAGUAGGUACUUUUAGAUGAACUUCGAAAUAAAAAGAAAACAAUGCAGAAAUAUGGAUAAUAGGGACGUAUCUACUCGCUACACAGUAAAUAUCUAAUGGGGUCGAAUGUUUUGACCACGCGCCAUUUUCCGUACCGAAACACAUAUUUUUUUAUAAUCACUUCCCCUAACUUUUUAAAACCAUUACGUACCUCAUGCGAUUCUCGUCCUUGCAAUGGGUUAAUACGAACAUAUGUUUUCAUUAAUUGCAUUGAAAAGCGUUAAAGCUAAUUAAUAUCUCAUUUAGGUAAACAUAACAAAAAACAACAAUUUAUUAAAAUAUUCAACCUCUACCAAAAGUAUUACUUUCUAUUCAACUUAAAAACAACAACCAAGUGAAAAUUAUUCAACAUCUAUAUUAAGUUAUAUUAAUUUACCUUAAUUGUUUUUAUGUAGAGAAAAACUUAAUUUACAACAAUAAAAUAUGUAAAUAUUAACUUUUUACCACGAGAAGCAUCAGCAACAAAUUUUUGUACAUUGUCGUUAAUACGUGUGUUGUACAUUAAUCAAAAAAAAAAAAUAAAACUUGGACAAAACAAAAAACGAAAGUAAUUAAAUAAUUAUAAAUAUAUUUAAGUUUCAGUUUGAAGAAUAAAUAAAAUCCAAAAAAAAAAAAAAAAAAAAAAAACUUAACAAAAAAACAUACAUUUUAAAUAAAUUGUGAGCAACAGUAGAGGUAAUUUUAAGAUAAAAUAAAAAAAGUAUAUGUUACAUUAAAUAAUAAUAGCAGGCUUAAGCUUACAAUGUUAUUAAUCCAUUAUUAGUAAAAUAAACGUAAUUUGUAUAAACAAUAUUUUCGUUUGUUUUUUGUUAAAUUUAUAUAUACUUAAAUGCAUAUAAAUUUUAUGUUAAAUAUAAAAAAACAAAUAUUUUGUAUAUAUCGAGUAAAAUGCCUAGAAGGUAAAUAUGUUUUACAUUUAAGAGUAUUAAGUUUAGUAAAAACUAAUGCGUGUGUGUUUAUACAUUUAUAAGCAAACAUUUGAUAUAUGCAUAUAAAAACAUAUAUACGAAUAUAUAUACAUAUGCAUAGAAACACUACAUACAUACAUAUUUAUAGGGAAAAUCUAUUUAAUCCUUAAAUGUAUAUGUAAAAUAUUUUCCAAUUAAAAUAAGUUUGUAAUAAACGCUUAGCAUUUCAAUUAACUAUGAAAUUUGAGGACUGCUGUAAAAACAUAUCGUUUGGUCAGUAAGUCAGCCGGCCGGUCAGUCAGUUUGUCUGGCUUUGUAUGUCAGCCCAUCUUGUCCAUUACAAAAUCUACGCGCAAUGCAUAUUUAAUGAGGAAAUGUAGGCAAAAAAAUCGAUAAUAAUGUUGAUGGAUAAUGGAAAACUGCAAUUAAACGAAACAUAUUGAAAGGCAAAAAUUUGCAAAACUAACAAAAAACUCAACACAAGGGCUGAAAGGUCUGGAACACACACACAAUUAUUCUAAGUUUCAACAUUUAAAUCAUUGCAAAAGUUACAAACUUUUGCUCUUGUGCAAUUAUCUAUAAAUAUUUGUAUUUAUGUAUGUAGUUGUUGUUAUUUCAAUACAUAUUGCCUAUUUUAAUUUCUACCUUUUAUUUUUCUAGAUUUCUUUAUACGACUAUUUAUUUGUAUAUGUUCAAAAAAAAUAAAUAAAUAAAUAAAAUAAAAAACAAUUUACAUCAUUAUUUACAGUAUUGUAAAUUAGUUAGUCUAACUUAUAACCAUAUAGAUAUAUAAAUAUAUACAAAUGCAAAUAAAUAUAUAAAUAAAAGAUUAAUAUAUAUAAAAUAUAUAUACAUUUUAGUGAAUCAUUGUAAGAUUAUAAGAUCAAGAUUAUAUUUAAAGAACAACAACAAACCAUGUAGGCAUAAGAUAUAUAGUUUAAUUAAAGAGAAAAGAUGAAAUAAAGAAAUAAUUAUAUAAACAAAA